AUGGUGCCCCAAUUGGUACCUGAACAGCUUGCUGUGACGCCUCUCACCGAGUCCGGCUCUGCACGUGAUCCAUUCGACUCUGACAUUGGAGAGAUAUCCUUGGACUCAGAGAGCAGCUCCAUCACCUCUUCGGAUGACACCGACCUAGAGCCCACAAGAGUCCCUCCAGUUGCCAAUCGCGAUGCAAUUCGGCGUCCACCCCCUGAGCCUCCUGUUCAACGCAAAAAUGUCGAGACGGGGCAACGGGAUGAAAUUGCACCUGUUACCUCUAGCCAGACAGAACAGGCGUUUAACGAGAAAUUCCAGCCUGUGGGCCCAGACGUCGAAGCCAGUGUCGUGCCGCCUGCGGUUGUGAUAAAAGAAAAGGCAGAAGAAACUCCAGUCUCUGAUCAAAAACCAAAGGCUGGUUUCUUUCGUCGAAUCCACAACAGUUUCCGAAACACGUAUUGUCCGAAAGAGGAGCCACCCUUAGUGCUUCCAACUUGUCCUAAUGACGAUGAGAAGCUUUCGUACAUUCACACCAACCGGAUCUUGCUUUAUGCCUUUGGCGUUUUUUCGUUCCUAUCUUUAGGUGCCGGUAUGUGGCUCUUUGCUCUCUCUGCGCCGUUCUUCUACUGGUACGGUGUCUUUGCUGGUGCCAUGUGCAUCUACCUGAUCAUCUCGUAUGGUGUCGGGCUCAUCGGUAAGGACUGGGACUAUAAGGCACAUAUUCAACGAGUUGAUGCGUACCCGAUCACUGAGGAAUCGGCACCUACCGUUGACAUCUUCCUACCUUGCUGCUCAGAACCCCUCGAGAUCUUGGAGAAUACUUACAAACACGUCAUUAACCUCGACUGGCCUGCAUCCAAGCUUAAAGUUUAUGUCAUGGAUGACAGCGCGCAAGAUGCUGUUCGCGAGUUAGCAGAGAAAUAUGGCUUCAUUUACCACGUUCGCGACGAUCGGCCUCGCCUGCGAAAGGCGGGCAACUUGCGAUGGAACUUUACCCGCACCGAUGGCGAGUAUUUCGUCAUCUUUGACGCCGACUUCUGCCCCCGACCUGACUUCAUCAAGGAGCUUAUCGUUGAGCAUCUGGACGAUGACAAGACUGCUAUUGUUCAGAGCCCCCAGUGGUUUCGAGUCACUGACGACCAGACAUGGGUUGAACAAGGAGCGGGAGCUACACAGGAAUUGUUCUACCGUGUCGUCCAAGUCAAUAGAAACAGAUGGGGCGCUUCUAUCUGUGUUGGCAGCAAUGCCAUGUAUCGUCGAGCUGCCUUAACUGAAGUAGGAGGUACUGCAGAGAUUGGAUUUUCCGAGGAUGUCCACACAGGUUUCGGCGCUGUUGACCGUGGCUGGAAAGUCAAGUAUAUCCCUUUGUGUCUGGCCACUGGUGUUUGCCCCGCCGGUCCUCGAGCGUUCUUCUCACAGCAAAUGCGAUGGGCCAGAGGUAGUACAACUCUACUCACUAAUCCUCAUUUCUGGACUUCAAACCUCAACUUUAUGCAAAAGCUAUGCUACAUCUCUGGCUUCCUCUACUACUCAGCAGUAUCACUCAAUAUCUUCCUCUCGCCCAUCGCCGGCACGCUGCUCCUUGCCUUCCGCUCGGAAUGGUUCAAGGCCUGGAACCUUGCAUUCGCUUUGCCGUCCAUCUUCUAUGGAAUUGUCGUUUUCAAAGUGUGGACCAAGGCCUCCUACGGCUUCAGCGUGCAGCACGUCAUGGUAAUCAUGUCUUAUGCAUACUUGUCAGCUAUUAAGGACCGCUUGUUCAACAUCGAGCUGCUUUGGGUUGCCUCAGGUGACUCUAAAGCACACAAGUCCAACAAGUAUCGCAACAUGCGCAUUCUUUGCUGGCUCUGGACUAUUACUGUUACAGGCGCUAUGACUGGCGUUGUGGUAUGGAGGUUGUUGACCGGAUUCACUUGGUAUCAUACUUUACCACUCAUGGUCAUUAACCUCUAUAACUUCUACAUUGCUCACCGUUUUCUGUUCUGCAAUUGGUAA